GGUGGUGCAAGCAUCGACAAUGGUGGAUAGAAUUGUAGGAGAAAUCUCUUGAUGGUACGGAAGAAGAACCAAGAAGGGGGUGAGAGCUUCGCGCUCGGUAUAAAUGUAGCCCGCGCAAGCUCGACCAAUCACUCGCCCUCUAACCUCCAAACUCCGCGCUACCAACAUCCCCCUCCUUAUUUAUUCAGUGAACAGCAACCCGCCACCUUCGACAGAAACUCGUGCCUCGUGACAACCUCGUGGUGGUUGUUUCUUCUUACUAAGAGAAUCCUCAAAAUAAGAAGAUCUGCCACAAGAUAUUCGUCUUCGAAGAUUUCCAACGCAAAAAUGUCGACGUUUAAAAAUUUCCUUCGACGAUGCAUCAUCUUUAUCCCUCUCUUCGUUUGCUGUGUUCAAGCAUGGUCGGACUACAGUUGGUUCGACGAUGUGGAUUGCGAAAAGUUUCCCUAUCAUCCUACUUGCCGAGGUCAGAUGUUGAGAAAACGAAUGAAUACAAUUGGACUUUAUAAAGAAUGCGAUGAAUCCAAAAGGGAUAGAAAUUGUUUGGACGGCGAAAUAAAAUCACAAGAGACGAAUCGACAUAUCGUCUCGAAUCCAAGAUCUAAAUUUUGGAAAAGUCUUCUCGAGAGCGGAGUCAGCCUGGAUACUAUCCACAAUAUCUAUGGUUCGGAUUAUGACAAACAAUCAAGAAGAAGGAAGUACAACAACCUAAGAAUACCGUUGAUCGAUGCGAUCUUCCCGUCAGACCUGACCAACUCGAACGACUAUUAAUUUGAAGAAUGGCGAAAUAAAUGUCAUGUGUUACGCGCAAAUAUCUCACAAAUUCUAAUUUUCUAUAAAUGCCUUACUCUUUUGCUCAUAUUUCAUACAUUGACUUUUAAUCUUAUUUACGUAUUGAAAUCUGUGUACAUUUAUUUCCUCGUGUAUAUGCAUAUAAAAAUUUUGAAAUUAAAAAUACGUACUGAUUUUCUUGAGAAGUAUAUCGAAGAAGAAGAAUUAUUUCCUUCCGCCUUGUCUUCUCCGCUUUGUGAAUAUAUUUUUACUAUUUUUCGCUUGUGAAAUAAAUAAAUAAUGUAGAACAACAA